GAAUUAUUUCAGUCCACACAGCUGCAAAGAAGUGAUGGAGAAAUAUAAAACUAGUGAAGAUGGUCUGUACUUUCUGAGCACUCCAAGUGGUGUGGUAUAUCAGACCUACUGUGAUAUGACGACUGCAGGAGGUGGAUGGACUCUGGUUGCCAGUGUUCACGAGAACAAUAUGCAUGGAAAAUGUACCACCGGUGAUCGGUGGUCAAGUCAGCAGGGUGGAAGUGCUAAUGUACCUGGUGGAGAUGGAUCAUGGAGUAACACUGUCACGUUCGGUUCUGCUGAGGCUGCAACCAGUGAUGACUACAAAAAUGCUGGAUAUUAUGACCUGGAGGCCAAGAACGUGGCUGUUUGGCACGUACCGAAUGACAACCGAGUGGAAAGUUGGAAACAGACAUCUUUUCUGCGCUACCACACUGAAACCAACUUCCUUAAUCAAUCUGGAGGAAACCUCUACCAUCUGUUUAAGCUUUUCCCUGUGACGUACAAUGUGGGAUCAUGUCCUGCUAACACAGGCCCUUCUGUUCCAAUCGUGUAUGAUGUUGGUAAUGCUGAGUCAACCCAUAACCUGUAUGGUCCCAACGUUAGAGCCAAUAGCGAGCCGGGUUUCAUCACGUUCCGAGCAAUUAACAGUGAAAAGGCUGCAAUGGCAAUCUGUUCAGGAGUUAAACCCACAGACUGCAACACUGAACACAGUUGUAUAGGAGGCAGUGGGCACUUUCCUGAAGACAGUCCGAGGCAGUGUGGCGAUUUCACGGGCUUGGAUUGGAAUGGUUACGGGACCAACAUACACUGGAGUGCCAGUAAACAAAUAACCGAAGCAGCAAUGCUCAUCUUCUAUCGCUGAGAGAAAUGCCUCAUUUAUAAACAGCACCGAGGCCGACCUCAUGCUAACUCCAGCUAAACAUUUACCAUCUUCUGCUUUAUAUCUGUCAAAGCCCAAGAAUAAAAAAGAAAAAAAAGUGUAAAAAUGACUGAAAUUAAAUAUUGAUAACUGGUUUUUCUGGGGCAAUAAUAAACAUGAAUAAUGACA